AUGAAUCUUCUCGAUUAUCGUGUUCGGCUGACAACAUUACUGAACGAAGACGGAACUAGCACAUCUUCCCGACAAAAGAUGGAAUUGAUCACGAAGAGAUUUUACACCGAUCUCUUUCACUCGUCAGUAUCCGUGUCAAACCUUGUUAUUCUCACUGGAGAAAUACCACCAAGGAUUCUACUUGCUGAAGUACGCGCCGCAAUCCAGACCAUGAAAGCAGCCACGGCUCCGGGCCGGACCAUGUUUCGGUCAACCUCUUACGAGCUGUAG